AGUAUAUAAGUUGAUAUGGACAUCAUAGAGACCGAAAUUGUUUCUGUCAUCACUCACAUUAUGCAUAUCUUGGAGCAGUUUGUUUUAGUUUCAGUGGCGAUAUCCCAAGUAUUUGCAUGGAUAAACGUUCAUGAAAGACUCAAAAAUCGAUAUAUUCACAUAGAAUCUCUUCGUACGCGUGCUGAUUGGGUGCAUGUCAGCAAUCAACACGAUGGCACUACAUGGGGUUACUAUGAAGAUCUCCCUUCGCAUCCUGAAGAGGAAGUACACUACGAUUGUACCUUGACGUACAAGAUUCGGCUGUGCGGUGAAAACUACGUAUGUAUGGAAUCUGCAUGCGAGGUGUACAAUAGUAGAUAUCUUUGUGCUGGGUAUCCUUACGAUGAAGGUCGUCAAACAGUGAAACUUGUUCAAGUAAAUUACCCGGAUGGAGAGGAAUCAAGUCAAUGGACUAUCGAAUGUGAAGCAGAGGACUUAGAAUCGUGCAGAUUUACACCGCGCCGAUUCUCUGACAAGGUAAUGGUCCAUCAUUGGCAGGAUGGCAAGAAUACACCUGGAAAUUACUAUGCAACCAUUGGUACUACGGAUCAAUACUACAAAUGGCGCAUCUUUGCCCCGGAUCCUAGCGACCAGCAAGUUCAAAUAUUUCAACAAAGCAGCACUUCCACUGUAGAUCAGCAUUACGAAAAAAAAGUUGAAAUUGGAAUAUCUCAAACAACAUCUUCUACACAUACAGUUACAUCGACCACUACUGCAGAAGUAGGCGGAGCUUUCAAAGCAUUCUCGGCUAGUGCAUCGUCAUCAAUUAGCGAUACAUGGACGACGGCAUCCUCCCAAACUUACGAGGUUAAAACUACUAUUACAAUAAAGGUGACAAUCCCUCCUCAAUCUACAAUCACUGUGUAUCAAUUAAUUGGAACAUACGCUGGUCGAUUUUCCGUUGGCUCAGAGGUAUACAACACCACGCAAACAGCCAAUGGUAAAACUACAAGCAAAAUGAUCGUCAAUGAGAAAAACCUACGAUUCCAAAAAGAUGAAUUGUAAACAAAUUGUAAAUAUCGUCAAUGCAAAUAAAUUGCUUAUUACA